AAUUAAAAAAAAAAUGCAAAUAAUGCAUAUAAAAGACCUGUCAAAAUGUCAACAUCAAUUGUAAGUUGUAAUUUGUUAUAAUUGUUGAAAAAUAAUUAAGCCAAUUAUUUAAAAAAAAAACGGCCAAAUGUCGAAAAAAAAAAAAAAUUGUCAAUCAGUUUGAUAAAAUCUAAUAAUUAAAAAAAAAAUAAUAAAUAAAACAUGUUAAAAAAUUGUUAAAUUGUUUAUAAAAAUAUAUAAAAUAAUAAUGUUAAAUAUUCCAUAAUAAAAAAAUAAAAAGUAUUAUUAUAAAAUAAAUAAAUAUAAUUUAAAAAAAAAAAUGAACUGGAAUGAGUAUAAUGACACGUUGUCAUUAUCGUGUUAUUAUGUUGCAAAAGAAAAUAUUUUGAUGAACAGAAUAUCAGGUGAAUGUAGUACAAAUAUAAAACUUUUAAUGUUGGGUAUGUUGGUUCAAGCUAAUGAAAUAUUAGCUGAUGGUUCAUUAAGAAUACGUAUUUUUGAUAGUAAAAAUAAUGAUAAAGAUUGGAAUAAAACAGAAUGGCGUUGUGAUGUUAAUAAAUUAAUAUCUGUAUCAUCAAUAAUAUGGCAUUAUUUAAUAGCUGUAUCAUCACCACAAGAACGUGUUAAAAUAGCUAUUGAUAAUGUAUAUUGUGAUAAUGCUAAAAAUCUUAAAGUUGGAAAUAAAGUUUGGUAUUUAUCACCAGAUAGAAAUAAAUAUAAAGCUGUUAUUAAAAAAAUUGAACCAAUACAAGAAUUUGGACCUGGUUUUUAUUUUUGUCUUGAAUUAUUGGAAAAACCAGAUGAUUAUCAUGAAUCCCUAAUUUCUAAAAAAUUAUGUGGUCCAAAUGGUAUUGUGACAAGACUAAAUCAUGUAUUACCAAGAAGACCAGAUGACACUGAUGAUACUGAAAAAAAUAAAUUAAAAUUUAAUAAACAGGAUAUUGAUGAAACAUUAACAAAACAAUUGGAUGGUUUUUUAAAUUUAACAAGUAAAAAUAAUGAUAAAAAAAUUAAUCAAGAUGAUAAAUUAAUUUGUAAUAUAUCAUUGGAUAAUCCUGAUAAUUCAAAUAAUAAAAAUAUCUAUAAUAUCAAAGAAAUUAAUGAACAUCUUAAUGAAGCAUUAGUACCAAAAAUUCUUCAUCAAUCAACAAAAUCAAAAAUAUUAUCAAAUGAUAAAAUUAAUUUUAAAAAUAUUGAUUAUCCUUCAAUAGAUGAUUUAGUGGUAGAAAAAAAAGAAUCCAGUCGCUGGAACAAACGAGUAAAUGGACAAUGUCUGUAUGUUGGUAAUUCAAUUGAAGUUUUUUUUGGAUCAGAAAUAAGAUGUGGAAUAAUUCGUUGGAUUGGUAAUUUACCUGGUCUUAAUCCCGAAAAAAUUAUAGCAGCUGUAGAACUGAAAGAUGGACCACAUUAUGAAGGCACUGAUGGUACUUAUAAUAACAUCAGAUAUUUUAAUUGUCAACCAAAUAGAGCUAUAUUUGUUGAUAUUAAUCAGUGUUAUUUAACCAACACAAUAAAACAUGUGAGAGAUUUUGUAUUGCCAACAAAUGAUGAUGAUAAUUUGGAUAGACUUAAACCAUCAGUUAUAAGUGGUAUUGUUGGACCAAUAUGUAUAAAAGGUGAUAUUGAAAAAAUAUGUGGUAAAUAUCGUGGUAUUCAGGGACAUCAUAAUUCAUGUUAUUUAGAUGCAACAUUAUUUAGCAUGUUUGCAUUUACAUGUGUAUUUGAUAGUCUAUUAUUCAGACCACGUAAUGAAUAUGAUUGUCCAGAGUAUGAAGAAGUACAAAGAGUACUUAGAGAAGAAAUUGUUAAUCCAUUACGUAAAAAUAUAUUUGUUGAAGCUAGUCAAGUUAUGAAAUUACGUAAAUUAUUAGAAAAAUUAUCAUCAAUAUCUGGUUUAACAAGUGAAGAAAAAGAUCCAGAAGAAUUUUUAACUUCUCUUGUUGCACAAAUAUUAAAUGCUGAACCAUUUUUAAAAUUAAAUUCUGGUCAAAAUGCAUAUCAUUAUCAAUUAUUUGUUGAAAAAGAUGAUGAUUUAAAAAUUCCAACAGUACAACAAUUAUUAGAACAAAGUUUUUUUACAAGUAAUGUUAGAUUAAAAGAAGUACCAUCAUGUUUAAUAAUACAAAUGCCACGUUUUGGUAAAUCAUAUAAAAUGUAUCAAAAAAUUCAACCAACAUUAUUACUUGAUGUUACUGAUAUUAUUGAAGAUUCACCACGUCAAUGUACUGUUUGUGGUAAAUGUGCUGAAUAUGAAUGUAAAGAAUGUUAUGGACAAUGUGGUGAUGGUCUUGAAAGUACAGCAUUUUGUUAUCCAUGUUUAAAAAAUGUUCAUCAACAUGAAAAACGAAUAAAUCAUAAACCAACUGUACUAAGUAUACCUGAAGAAUUUACAAUUUUACCAAGUCAUUGUCCAGUACCACGUUUAUAUCUUGAAUUAUCAGCUGUUGUUUGUAUUGAAACAUCACAUUAUGUAUCAUUUGUUAAAUGUGGUUCUGGUUCAGAAGCACCAUGGUGUUUUUUCGAUUCAAUGGCUGAUCGAAUAGGUGAACAAAAUGGAUACAAUAUUCCUGAAAUGGUACCAUGUCCAACUUUUCCAUACUGGCUAAGUGAAGAAGGAGCAAAUUAUCUUGCUGAUUUAACUGAUGAUCGACAAUUACCUGAACAUGCUAAAAGACUUCUUUGUGAUGCCUACAUGUGUAUGUAUCAAUCACCCGAAGUUAUGAUGUACAAAUAA